AUGCCGUCGCGAGCAAGGCACCACCGGAAGGCGUCGUCUCUGACAGGCGGGAAAGCCGCUGGCAAGAAGAGUGCUGGACCAGACCUCAUGAAGUCGUCUAGACAUAUCUAUGAGCGAGAGCCGCCGAACUAUGGCAUACUGGCCCAGAUCGUGCGCAGCUUUCUCCUCGUUGCGUGGUUCUCCUGCUGCUGCGUCUGCAUCGUGGUGUCCCAGGUGGUCGGACUGCCGCUCUACUUCAUCGAUAGAGACUAUUUCAAUGCAUACAUGGCCAGGACAAAGGAGUCGUUUGGCCUCGCGAUCACUGCGCUGACCGAGUGGAGUGCCCCGACCCCUGUCCGCGUCAGUGGUGAUAGGAGUGUGCUCGGUCAGGUUACUCUCACGUCGAACGGAGGGAUCCAGACUCGGUUUCCUGAGCGUAUGGUCCUGAUUGCAAAUCACCAGGUCUACACCGACUGGCUGUACCUGUGGUGGGUUGCGUAUACGAACCAGAUGCAUGGACACAUCUACAUCAUCCUCAAGGAAUCACUCAAGUACAUUCCGCUGGUGGGGCAGGGGAUGGCGCUGUACGGCUUCAUCUUCAUGGCCCGCAAGUGGAUGGCCGACAAGCCUCGACUGCAGCAUCGUCUGAACCGGCUCUGUCGACAACGCGGCGACUCUGCUCCCGGUUCCCCCGUCUUCAAUCCGAUGUGGCUGUUGAUCUUUCCCGAGGGAACCAACCUGUCAACACAUACUAAAGAAGUUAGCGAUGCAUACGGGACGAAGCAGAGUAUUAAUUCUUAUAAGCAUGAGCUUAUUCCACGCACUACGGGGCUUUUCUUUUGCCUACAGCAGCUAAGAGGCACGGUCGACUAUGUCUAUGACUGUACGAUGGGUUACGAGGGUCCACCGAAAGGGAGUUACCCUGAUAGCUACUUUACCAUCCGCUCUACAUACCUAAAGUGCCGCCCGCCGAGGGUUGUUAACUUCUACUGGAGACGGUUUGCCCUUGCUGAUAUUCCACUGGAUAAUCAAGAACAUUUUGAAACCUGGUUAUUCGACCGCUGGGCUGAGAAGGAUGCCCUCCUGGACAAGUUCAUCGAAACUGGCAAAUUCCCUCCAUUCGAGGACGCAGACUUGGUCGAGGUCGACCCGAACAGCCCUGAUAUCCAAACCACAUCCGGUAAAAACCACGGCUACGUCGAAGGCGAGGUACGACUGGGCUAUUGGAUCGAGAUCGCUAGAGUGUUUACGAUUCCUGCUAUACUUGCAGCCCUGAUCCAGCUAUUUCGGAGCUCUCCUAACCACUUUCCCUCGUCCCGGCGUGCGACAACACGCUUUGCGCGCCCCGUCAUGGCGCCGCCCCUUCAGAACGGCGUUGCCAACGGCAGCAAUGGCCUAGAUGCCGUGUCCAAAGCUGCUGCGGCGAUGAUGAACCCUCGAUUCUCCGAUAUUCCUUCCGCCAUAGACAUUCCCGCCUCUACGUUCGACAGCGAGGUCGAAAUCAGCUUACAAGAACUCCCCGACGACCCUACAGAGCUCUGCACCCUUCUUGAUAACGAAAAGGCCGCGAAGAAUUUCUGGGUCAUCAUUGCUCUGGCGUACGCGAAGCAAAAACAGAUCGAUCAUGCCAUUGAAAUUCUCACCCGUGGCCUAGCCUCACUUGCGCAUGGUGCUACGAAGGAAAGACUAAGUCUGCUGGGCUGGAUUUGCUGGCUAUACCUGAUCAAAAGCAGACAAGCUCCUCGAGUUGCCCCAGAGGGCCAGCUUUACUCCGAAGCAAAGACGAAAGAAUUCUAUCUGCAAGCUGCAACGGCGACUCUGAACGAGGCCUCGCGGCUGAACCCUGCUUUCCCUCCGCUGUUCCUUGCCCGUGGUGUGCUUUCUAUCCUCCGUGCUUCCUUACAACCUCCUUCGAAACCGGUCAGGCCUGGUACUGUUGAUACGUCGGAACGCGUUGAAUGUUUGCAACAGGCCAUAAAAUGUUUCGACGAGUCUUCAAAGGCGUUUGGCGGCCGCAAUAUCAUGGCCAUUUUGGGCCGUGCGAGAGCAAACUAUAUGCUUGGACGGUACGGCGAGGCCUUGGAGGGAUACCAGGAGGCCCUGGUGAAAAUGCCAAACAUGAGAGAUCCGGAUCCGCGAAUUGGGAUUGGGUGUUGUCUUUGGCAGCUUGACUUUAAAGACCAGGCAAAGGUUGCGUGGAAUAGGGCAUUGACGUUAAACCCUGACUCAAAGGCGGCCAAUAUUCUUCUAGCUGCGUAUUACUUGCAUGACAGCUCGCGCCAUUCGACCAACGACCCGGAAUUCACCUCUCUCUACAAGACCGCCAUGACCCAGUACACCCAGAAAGCGUUCAAACUUGAUAAAGAGUACCCGAUGACCUGUGCCACAUUUGGCAGCUAUUUCCUCCUCCGCAAACAUUUCCCCACUGUCGAAGCCCUUGCACGCAAAGCUAUCGAGCUCACGGAUGUCAAUGCCAUCGCUAGUGAUGGUUGGUAUCUGCUGGCUAGAAAGGAACACACCGAAGGCGAUCCAGAGCGAGCGCUGGAAUACUACAACAGAUCGGACCAGGCAAGAGGCGGAGCCGACAAGGGAUAUCCGCCCGCCAAAUUCGGUGCAGUCCAAAUGCAAGUGAAGAGGAAAGAUUUCGAUGGUGCCAAGUUCCGACUAGAAAAGAUUAUACAGCAGACCAAAAACCCCGAAGCCAUGGCCCUCCUUGGAUCUUUAUAUGCCGAUGAAGUUUUUGCGGCCAGCAAUACAAAGGAAGACAAAUCGGCCGAAGCCAAGAAGGCAAUCUCACUACUCGAAUCUGUGCGAACGUCUUGGAAAGCGGAAAAGAAACUCACACCAGACGAGUCCGUGUUACUCUAUCUUGCUAGGCUAUACGAGGUCACCGCUCCGGAAAAGAGCGUACAGUGUCUCAACCAGGUUGAAGAAAUGCAACUGGCUCAGAUUCCUGAUGAUGAACGACCAGAUGAUGUCGAGGGUGAAGAAGCUAUGACGGAAAUCCUUCGCGAGCGGCUUGCGCCUCAGCUACUCAACAACAUCGGCUGCUUCCUGUACCAGGCCGACAAGAUUGAACUGGCGAGAAAUAUGCUCCAAACUGCUCUCAACGCCUGUGUAAAAGCGCAAGAGCGAGAGGAUGCCUCCGAUACGGACGCAUACGUUACCACCAUCAGCUACAAUCUUGCUCGUACGUACGAGGCGGCGGGUAUGCCAGACGAAGCCAAGAAGGUCUAUGAGGGCUUGUUAGAGAGACACAGUGAUUAUGUUGAAGCAAAUGCGCGACUUACUUACAUCGCGCUCCGUCAAAGUCCUACCGAUGAAGGGCCGAAGAGGAUGGCGAAACUUUAUGAGGCGGAAGCAACCAACAUGGAAGUACGGGCACUAUUUGGUUGGUAUCUCAGUAAGUCGAAACGUCGCGUGGCCAAUCUGGCAGAGGACCAUGAGCAAAGGCAUUACAAGCAUACCUUACAGGGAUAUGACAAGCAUGACCGAUAUGCCUUGACGGGAAUGGGCAAUCUAUAUCUCCUCACAGGUCGAGAUAUGAGGCGAGAUGGCGAACAAGAUAAAGAAAAACGGCGCAAGAUAUAUGAGAAGGCAGUUGAGUUUUUCGACAAGGCUCUUCAACUUGACCCGAAGAACGCAUAUGCUGCCCAAGGUAUUGCCAUCGCGUUAGUUGAUGAUCGAAAGGACUAUUCAACGGCAGUGCAGAUAUUUUCAAAGAUUCGAGAUACUCUGCGCGACUCGAGUGUGUACCUUAACUUGGGCCACGUCUUUGCAGAGUUGAGGCAGUUUACCAAGUCUAUUGAAAACUACGAGAUCUCACUCUCAAAAGAUAGAGCUAGAGAUGCUCAGAUUCUUGCAUGUCUUGGCCGUGUUUGGUUCCUAAAGGGCAAGCAAGAACAGAAUUUAGUGGCUAUGAAAACCGCGUUGGAAUAUGCGGAACGCGCACGUUCCGUUGCCCCAGACCAGAUCCAUCUUGCAUUCAACAUCGCCUUUGUUCAAAACGAGAUAGCACUUCUUGCUAUCAGCCUUCCAGAAGCCCAAAAAUCAUCUGAAGAAAUCGAAGAGGCGAUAAACGGCCUAACGGCAGCAAUUGAAGCCUUUGAUAAGAUCGCAAACUCAAAGAAUCCUCCUUACCCCCGCAGCUCUCUAGAAUCCCGAGCAACUAUGGGUAGGAACACGAUCCGAAACCAACUUCAACGAACCCUUCAGAGCCAAAAGGAAUAUGAAGAAAAGAACGCCGCCAAGCUGCAGCAAGCCAGAGAGCUACGAGACGCAGAAUUAAAACGACGUGAAGAAGAGAAACGAAAGGUCGAAGAGGCUGAAAAGGAGAGAAAGCGGCAAAUGGCGGAGGAACGACAGCUGAUGAUUGAAGAAGCUGAACGGCUCACCGCAAUGCGUAUCGAUGAGGAGAGGUCGAGGGAAGCUGCCGAGUACACGACCGACAGCGAGACUGGAGAUAAGGUUAAAAGGCAACAGAAGAAAGCAAAGGGCAGCAAACGAAAGAAGAAAGCAGAUGCGGAUAAGAGUAGGCAAGAAAGCGAAUCACGACACUCUGGAUCAUCGUCUGAAGGAGAAGAGGAUGAACGUUCUGCUGCUCCUAGAAAGAGAAGACGCCUUGAGCGAAGAGGAAACGCGAAGUCGAGUAAAUUCAAGAGUACCGAAAUCGUCGUUGAAUCGGAAAGCGAGGCUGAUAAUGCCGAAGUCAACGGCGAGGACGACAAAUCUGGAUCACCCGCGCCAGGUCGGAACGAUGACGAGGAUGAAGAUGCUCUUGUACACCGACGACGGAAGAAGACCAAUUUGCGCAUUGAAGAUGAUGACGACGAAGAUGAAGAAGGGGGGAAAGAGGCAGCUCCCACUGGGGAUGAUGAUAACGAUGACCUCUUCGAUGAGAAAUCGCCAGCCGGCAACGACGAUGCUGAUAAAGAUGUCGACAUGAAGGGUGCCGAAGAAGAGGAGUGA